AUGCCAUUUUGUCUCAACAACAACCGCUUUUUCGUCAAACUAAACAGCACCAGACCUCUUCUCUGUCCGAUACGCCACGUGCGCUCCUGCUCACUGAUCGUUCAGUCUCGUGCCACCAUAUCCAGCAAGUCAGCCAUGGCAUCGAACUCAGUCCGAGUCGCUGCAGCUCAGAUGACGUCAAUCAACGACCUGGCCUCCAAUUUCGCAACCUGCUCUCGCCUUGUCAAAGAAGCAGUGUCUGCUGGGGCAAAAUUGGUUUGUUUUCCGGAAAGUUUUUCCUUUAUCGCUGAUAAGGAUGGGGAAAGUGUUAAGCUUGCGGAACCUUUGGAUGGAUCAAUUAUGCAACAGUAUUGUUCACUGGCUAGGGAGUCCGGCAUUUGGUUGUCCCUUGGAGGAUUCCAAGAGAAAGGAUCUGAUGAUGCACACUUGCGCAACACUCAUGUUAUCAUUGACGACAGUGGGAGUAUUAGAAGCAGUUAUAGUAAAAUACAUUUGUUUGAUGUGGAUGUUCCUGGUGGACGGGUAUACAAGGAAAGCAGCUUUACAGAACCUGGAAAGGAUAUAGUUGCAGUUGACAGUCCUGUUGGACGCCUGGGUUUAUCAGUUUGCUAUGAUCUGAGAUUCCCAGAGUUAUACCAGCAGCUCAGAUUCCAGCAUGAAGCCCAGAUUUUAUUGGUACCUUCUGCUUUUACAAAAAUAACGGGUCAGGCACACUGGGAGAUUUUGCUUCGUGCUUGUGCAAUUCAGACUCAAUGCUAUGUAGUAGCUGCGGCACAAGCUGGAAAACAUAAUGAUAAAAGAGAAAGCUAUGGGGACGCAUUGAUAAUUGAUCCUUGGGGAACUGUUGUUGGUCGAUUGCCUGAUCGCAUUUCGACAGGGAUUACUGUGGCUGAUAUUGAUUUCUCAUUGAUAGAUUCAGUACGAGCAAAAAUACCAAUUGCUAAGGCAAUAACCACUGAAGCGAGAGCUAGGUCUAAAGAGAUCACCUAA